AUAUUCUAUUAUUAUACAAUAAGUUGAUUUUACAUAUAUACUACAUAUCUAUUUAUUUUUCGUUAGGAAAAUUUACUUUUUGAUCUACUGAAGUGAAUCGAAUGCAUUAAAUUUAUAUUUAAAGCAAUUAAACAGAGAAAGUGUUUAUGCUAAGUAACAACAAAAUAAUAUAAUAAAUGCAAAAUAUUAUAAGUACUUUAAAUGCCCAAAUCUUCCGAGCCAUAGACCAUGUAAUUCCUACACCAGUUAUAUCCGAAUUUUAUAUAUAUAAAAAAACAAGUUUUAGUCCGAUCUGACGACUUUAAAUUUUAGUCAGUACACAAAAGCUGUGUCUUAAAGAAACAUAGUAAAUUACUUAUCGUGAUCACAAUAGAAUAAUAGAAUAUAUUAAACAAUUUCAAAUAUUGGGUCCUAUUUGGCGACAAAGUUGUUCUGAGGUUUCAAAAAUUUCAAAGAUUUAUUGGUCGUAGAAUAAGACCUAUUUUUAAGAAAAUGGCUUUGCAGAAUUUUCCUUGAGCACUUAUGCUAUAAGGUGACUUUCUGUGGAUGCGUCAAAUAUUUUGAAGGCAGAAAGUGGCUCGUGUGAAAUUUCAUCACUCAAAUUAACAUUAAUUUCACCACAUCUCACUGCUGAUUCAUUUUCUAGAAAAUAAUUGUGUAAGGUGAAAUUUGGAGUUCAAAGUUUUAGGGUCAUCCAAUAUUUAACUAAUUUGCAAUUUUUAUUUUAACAAAAACAGUUUCCUAUUUAUUGACUACUGAUCAUUUAUUAUAUUUUAAAAAUUGACUAAAUCGAAUAAAAUUAUAUCAAUUUAGAUAGAGAAUAAUUUUGAUGAAAUUGUAAAUAUUGAACCAAAAGUUAGAGCAAAUUAUUGAAUAUCUUCUCUCUGAGUAACUUAUUGCAAAACAUUCCAUCAUCUAGGGCAGUGAGCCCAGCUAUAUUGAUGAUAGAAAGAAGAAAAAAUCUGGCGUUAGUAUAGAGUGGGUUAAUAAUCCACCAAUAUUGCUUCUUUCCGCUGCACUGUAUCUCAUAUGUUAUGAAGAAGAAAGUCAAUCAUGCGAAGAAAAUGGUGUUAAUAGAAUAGCUCACGUCUUGACAUGGCUUCGGAUGAUCUUACAGUCCAAAGAGAGAUCAAAUGGGUUCAAAGUGUUUAGUAACGAUCGUGGAUUAAAAUAAAGUCAUUUUGAAUAAAACGAAUUAUAUAUAUAUAUAUUUUUUUUUUUUCAAAUCUGCUCUAAUAUUUAUUUUCCAACUUAAGUACAUUAAUGAAAAUACAAUUUAUCGUUUUUAUUCAAAAACCUUGCAAUUGUGAAAAUGAAAAAAGUUCACAGCUCCAAGCACUUGAUGCUGAUCAUUUUACAUUGAAAGAGUGAGAGGAAACAGCUUUAUGUUUAUAAUAACUACUGGAUGAUUUUUUGAGUUUGUGCAUUUUUUUGUGUCAGAAGUUUUCCUAACGCAAUCCAUUAAAAAUUAGGUAUUAGCUAGUGCAACCAUAACUAAACUUUCUGGCCACUCUGUACUAAAAUUGAUAUUCCUCAAAUUAGUUCUCGGAAAGUUAAUUUUGAAAUACAGUUCGAAACAGGCUCAGUCAAUAUUAUAUUAAAGUUGCAAUAAAGUUUUCUUUCUGCAAGAUUUCAAUUUAUAAUCAGUGUCUGAAAUCACCUAAAAAUUAUUUUAAUUUUGCUCAACACUGUGAUGAAAAAAUAAGAAAUUUUUCAAUAUCAAAUAAAAUGUCUAUAAGAGACUUUCACAAUAUUACUUGCAAUGACGAAAAUCAAAAUAAAAUGGUAAUUUAGAUCAUUGGAAGAAGAUUGCUUCAUAAUUUUCGCAAUUUAUAGUGCUCAGUCUAUUGACGAAUGGUUUAACUUUACUGGCAAUAUUUUGCCAAGCAUUAUGUAGAGUGUUAAAUGCGGAAGAUGUUUGUAGAUACACCGAGAAAUCUUCCGGAAUGAGUUUCUGGCGUCGCGAUGAUGAAGUAAAAAGCGAAAUGAUGAACAUUCCAUGAUAAUGACAAAAAUUCUUCUUAAGAGAGGUGUUUAAUAAAAUUUCCCGUUUUCUGCAUUUAAUGAUUUUUAUGAACUUGAUGAACAAUCAUCUUGUGUGUGCCCAUUUAUUGCUAUUUAUUCAAACCUUCCUUUCCUUUUUCACAAUUCUUUUUUUUUUGUACACGUAUUACCUUCACGUGAUUAAGAAGCGCGGUGAUUUCGCUAUGAAGCUAUCUUAUUGACUUUUUCAAUUUUAAAAGUCUUAUAUUAUAUGUAUAAGAAGAAGUAGAGAGAGCCGGCAGAUGAAGGUGUUAUGCAAUUUUGUUGGAAGUUCACAGAAACUGCUGCAUUCACUCCAGCAAAAUUGAUGCGAAAAUUCAAACCAAUGAAGAUGAACAAUAAUUGUGAAAGAAAGUAAAAGUUGAAUAGUGUUCGUGAUAACAAGAGUAUUUCAAUAGAAGGGGGAGAUGAAUUGCAAAACAGAACUCAUUGCGCGAAUAUGCAACCAUCUUAUCACUUUUUCCCAAUACACUUUCCCACUACUACCGUACGGCAGGGAAAAGUUUCAAUGAUGAAAAUUAUGACGUGGGAGUGAUGCCACAUUCCAUACGAUAUGUAAGAAAAAGUGCACAGCAAUGGCAAUAUUUGAACUUUGUUAUAUGCUCGAACACAGAUAAUUUUUUUUUAGAAUGGAAGGGGAAAUAGGUACAUAGAAGAAGCGUUUACGGAAUCUGUUUCCCUUUAGAUUACGAGAAGCUCGCGCAUUUUCGUGAUUAGGUCAGAGGACAGGAAAUGUGUGCUUAAAGUGACUUUGUUAAAAAGUUGGCACACCUACAAAGCCACUUCCAUUGUAUAAUAUUCAUUAUUAUUAUUUUUUCUUUCUUUUUCUGACGUAUUGAUUAUGUUGCUAGAAGCUUCCGGUGUUCGUCAGAGGAAAAUUCCCGCUCACCCAAGAAAAAGUAGCAAUUUAUGCCAAAGCUUUCGAGCCCAAUAGUGGCUCUUCUUCAGUGGUUUUGCUUGUUGUUACUUGGGGAUUGUCCUCCUCUCUCUAUGCUCCACACACUCAUUAGGAUUUCCCGCAGAUUUUUCCUUUUUAAUUUUCAAUUUUUCUUUUUCACUCUUUGUUUGUACUUUUGUGUUUGGCGGAUAUUCUUUGUGAAGUCUUCACAAAGAAUAUCCGCCAAACACAAAAGUACAAAGAGUGAAAAAAAAAAGAUUUUUCCUUUUUAAUUUUCAAUUUUUCUUUUUCACUCUUUGUUUGUUAUAUUCAUUAUUCACGACAUCAAAGACUAGUUUUUGAAAAAUCGAUUAGGUGUAUCACAAAACUUUUAAAAGGUCAUUGAGUAAAUUUGCAAAGGUGGCACAUUGAUGACCUAAAUAUUUUAAUUAAUUUCAAAAGUUUCCUGAGAGUUUGAGUUUAAAAGUUCUAGGAGUAUAAAAAAAAAGAAUCACAGCUAAAAUCAUGAUUAAAGUGAAAAAAAUCUAUAAAAUAUAGGCGAAGGUAAUGAAAUUACUUUAGAAUCUGCACAAAUCUGCAGCAAAUAAUAAUUUUCAUUACUUCGUGGCCAACACAAAGUAUUUUUUUUCUAUUUUGAAGAAAAAUUUAAAGAAAAAAACCCAACUAAACUCAAAGCUUAAUGACUACUGUAAAGGAAUCAAAAAGAGUUUUUAAAGAACUUUUCCAUGUUCCCGUUGAAAUUGACCAUGAAAACAACGUUAAUCGACGUAAAUUAAUCUGAAGCACUGGGUAAAGCAUUUUGUGAUUAAAUGUCUGAGUCUAUCUUAGAAUUCUCGCAACUGAAACAUAUCCCAGAAUCUUAUUAUACAAGAGGGGUAUAUAAUAUCAAGUCUAUAAAGGUACAUACAUAAAUAAAUAAAUACGUAUGUCCUAAGAAAAUGAAAUGUCGCACAUUCCAUAACAAGACAAAAACUGAGAUCUCCAGCUAAAGUAGACCACGAACAAAUAAAACGAAGAUCACAUCCGAUCUAAACAAACACAAAAAACGUCCACUCUAAGAUGAAGCUCAAAUUAACAACGCCAAAAAUGUCCUUCCUCUGGCGUAGGCGAUCUUUCGUGGUAAAGAUUGUCCUACUCCUUACAGCUGUAUGGUUCACAAUUGCCUUCUUGAUAUACUCAGAAGACAGGCAUACACGAACGGAUCACAUUCCGAAUAACAUACCCCCGCCACAACAUUUAGUGGACCAUGAAGAGUUUGAUGAAUUUAUCCAGGAAAGUCACAACAAUCUUCAUCCGCCAGCACAUGUGAUAAAGAAUAGUAAUUUAGCAAUGAAAAGCAGUAGCAGCCAACGAAGAAGUAGCUCGUCAAACUACAAAUUUAAUGCGCCACAACAGAAUAUUGAUGAUGGAAAAGGUGUCCUUGCUGCUCCUGCUGAUAUAUCUCCCGAUGCGCCAGGGGAAAUGGGCCGCCCUGUAGUAUUACCGACAAACAUGUCGAGUGAGAUGAAGAAGGCAGUGGACGAUGGAUGGCUGAAGAAUGCUUUUAAUCAAUAUGCUUCGGAUUUAAUAUCUGUCCACCGAACGCUUCCAGAUCCACGAGAUCAAUGGUGCAAAGACACAAGUAGAUACAGUGAGAAUCUUCCAGCAACUGCCGUGAUUAUUUGCUUCCAUAAUGAAGCUUGGUCGGUACUCCUUAGGACAGUGCACUCUGUAUUGGACAGGUCUCCGAACCAUUUAAUACAGGAAAUUAUUCUAGUCGAUGAUUACUCGGAUAUGCCUCAUACGAAAAAACAAUUAGAGGAUUACUUUAAGUCCUAUCCGAAAGUCAAGAUUAUACGUGCUCAAAAGCGAGAAGGACUUAUCAGGGCAAGACUUCUUGGAGCAAGUCAUACUGAUGCACCGGUUCUAACGUACCUUGAUUCACACUGUGAAUGUGCUCCAGGAUGGCUAGAGCCACUCCUCGAUCGCAUCGCAAGAAAUUCCACGACUGUUGUUUGUCCCGUUAUUGAUGUGAUUGACGACACAACGAUGGAGUUCCACUGGAGAGAUUCCGGUGGCGUGAAUGUUGGCGGAUUCGAUUGGAAUUUACAAUUUAAUUGGCACGCCGUUCCUGAACGGGAGAAGAAGCGGCAUAAGAAUUCAGCCGAACCUGUGUGGUCACCCACAAUGGCCGGUGGACUUUUCUCCAUUGACCGAAAGUUCUUUGAGCGACUAGGUACGUACGAUUCCGGUUUUGACAUCUGGGGCGGAGAGAAUUUAGAACUUUCAUUCAAAACAUGGAUGUGUGGUGGAACUCUCGAGAUCGUUCCCUGCUCCCAUGUGGGUCACAUUUUCCGAAAGAGGUCUCCAUACAAGUGGCGAUCUGGAGUUAAUGUCUUGAAGAGGAACUCUGUACGUUUAGCAGAGGUGUGGUUAGAUGAUUAUGCACAGUAUUACUAUCAAAGGAUUGGUAACGACAAAGGGGAUUACGGGGACGUGUCUUCACGGAGGAAAUUACGAGAUGAACUCAAAUGUAAACCGUUCAAGUGGUACCUCGACAAUAUUUAUCCUGAAAUUUUCAUUCCUGGCGAAGCUGUUGCAUCAGGAGAGAUAUCGAACAGCUGGAGCAAUCUGUGUCUCGAUUCUGCGGCAAAUCCAGAGGACAUGCAUGUGCCAAUCAAUUUGUGGCCUUGUCAUCGACAAGGUGGAAAUCAGUACUGGAUGAUGAGCAAAACUGGUGAGAUUCGCAGGGAUGAAGCAUGCUUAGAUUAUGCAGGGCAAGAAGUGAUUCUUUACCCCUGUCAUGGAUCCAAGGGUAACCAAUUCUGGGCUUAUAAUCAAGACACAAAGCAAAUUCGACACGGCUCUUCAGAAAAAUGCAUUGCAAUCAAUGAGGCAAAGACCAAGGUUACAAUGGAAGAGUGUGAUGUGCACAAAGAGCAGCAGAAGUGGCAAAUGCAAAAUUACGACCCUAGCAAAUAUUAAAGAGUAUUAUCCUAUACAUAUGAACAUAUGUACAUAUGUAUAGAAUAAAAAUGUUGUAAGUAAUAGGUAGCUUUUAAAUCUUUUUAUUUUUAUAUUAUAUUAGGGGAUGCAGUCAUUUCCCUUGCCAUGUAUUUUAUUAUUAGAAAACGCAUAAAAGAAAAAAAUAAACAUAGAAUCCUUUGAUAGGAUUUUUUUGUCAUGCAAAACUUCCUAUAUGUUUUAAAAUUAGAUAUAAUUUAGAAAAAAAAAGAAUGAAAUUAUAUCUUCCCCAAAGCUCCUUAAUUUUACCCAUUUAAAUAUUUUUAUUGUGAUUUUAAAAUAAAAAAAGGAAUAAUUUUUGUAUAUAGUAUAGUUAUAUUUAUAUAAAUAAAAAAAACAGUAUGAAUUUUCAAAAAUAGACAAGUAUUAUCUAUAAACCUGAGUUUUAUGCUUAAAAUGCAAUAUUAUUUUAAAAUGAAUGACAUAUGAAAUAAGAAGUUCGAAGUUAUGUCUCUCCUCGGGAGAUUUUAAAAGAAUUGUUUUUUUUUACAAAUCAGAUAUCGCUUUUGCUCCCUAUCUCAAGCUCUCACGAAAACAAAGAAAAAAAACGAAAAAUCUCCGUGGAAAAUGCACAAGUCUACGGACGGAUAAAAAAAAAACAAAUGUCGUCGCAAUAUGUGCAUUUUUUUGCAAUCUUUAUUUGCAUUUUUAUUUGUGAUCCCAGUGGAAAUUGGAGAGUUUCUCCUCGAUUUUUAAAUGUUUUUUUUUAUUCUCUGCAAGAUGGAAUUAGUCAAAAUUGUUUUGUGAAUGAAAAAGUUUUUCCAUGGUAGGCCGGAAAACUCCUUUUAAAAAGUUACAAAAUUUCAAAAUUUUCCAGUAAAAAAGUUUAUUUUAUCAACUUUUGUAACUUCUUUUUCAUUGUCAUUUUAUUAUUAUAUAAUGUUUAUUUUAAGUACAAUAUUUAAUACUGCACAAAUAAAGAACAAAUUGAAAAUUUAAAAUGUGAACUUUAGUCAUAUUUGAGCUUCCUAUACGAGAAAAAAUAUAUAUAAUUUCGAAAAUGCUCAAAUAAAUCAGUAAAUUACAGGUUUUGAAAUUACAAAAAAUUUCAUUAAAAAUUGCUCAAUCUAGAAAAUACAAAACUUAGCAGAGUUUUAAUAUAUCUGUAAUACUUAAGUAUUAUCUAUAAAAAAAAAUACCCACAUAUCGCGAUAUAUAAUCAUAUUGAGAGAACAUAUCCUAUUAUGCAGAAAAAAUUAUAUAAUGACUAUGAAAGUGUGAUAAUUUUGCGAACAAGAUAAUAUCGAUUUCAAGUCACCUAUGAGAUUCCUGUCAUAAAACAUAAUAAACCCCACAUGACUUCCUAAGUGUAACAUAUAGUAUUUGCACUCAGGAAGAAUACAACUAAAAUAUAAACCCCACAUCUAAAACAAAUAUUAGAAAAAGCAAGAAAUAAUAGAAAUUAUAAAAAAAAAUUAUAACAGUAUCAGAUGAAGAAGUAUUCUAAGUAUUAUAUUAGUUUGCAGUUAAUUGAUUUUCAAUCGGUUGAAAAUAUAUAUGUGAAGCAUAUAUACGUAUACAUACAUACAGUAUCAGAAAAAAUGCAUAUUACUUUUACUAACUUCACUUAUUUCUAUCAAAUUAUGUAUUUUUUCAGUGUAAUUUCUUGACGUCACAUUUUUUUUAUAUCUGAUUAAACAUUUUCCUUGACGACACCAUCCGUUGUUAAGAUUAUUUCUGACACUCGACAACAUUUUUUGUGUUUGGGGAAAUAGACUGAUAAAAGCAAUUAAAAAAAUCAGAAAAAUCACACAGUUAAAAUAGAUAAGACAAAAUAGUAAUGAAGAAAAAUAUAAUUAAGUACUUACUAGUGGCUGUAUGAAAUAAAAUAUUAAAAAACAAUGCAUUUUAAAAACAAAAAAAUGGCAAAAGAUAAAAAUAUGUAUUCCAUUUUUCAACAAAAGUUCUAUUGAAAAAAUAAACAAUUUUUAGAAAAAAAGCUUCAAAUAUUACGAAUUAGGGUAAUUAAUUACAUAACGAAUUUUAAGAAGGAAAAUAGAAACAUUCCUAAGCAUUCCAAUGUAAAUAAAAUAUAAACUCCACCUUGAAAGGUAUUGAAUUUUAUCUAGGGACAGGAUUGUCUUUUGUACAGAAUACAGUCAUCAUCAUUGAGAAAAUGUGCCUUCUAGCCAUGUAAGAUAAUGUAAAUAGUUUCUCAUUGAGAAUAAAUUGUGUAUUUCAUUUCGAUGAAA